UGAGUUAGAUAUUGUCCUAAAUGCAAUCUACAACAAAUUCGGAAUGUAUACCUACGUUAGAGUUCCCGGAAAUUCCAAACAAAGAUGAAUUUGUGGUAAGUGAUGUAUCUUCGAUUUUUAGAGCUUAUACAAAAAGUAAGCUUAUUGUACUACCAAAAUUAAUCCUCGAUUUUUAUGCAACCAGGCUUUAUAGAGUAGUGCUUAAAAAAUUCUUUUUCGUACCAAACAAAGAUUGGUUGCUUUUCAACUUCGACGAAAGCAGAUAAUUAUCUCAGACAAAUAUCAUAUGAUUAUUUAACUUUAUUAAUUUUUUCUAGAUAUUGAAUAUUUAAAGACAACAAUAUUUAACUUAAAACAUUUAUAGAAUUGUUAGUAUUUGCUACUUAUUCAUCAAUCAGUAGGUGGUCUUUCAGCCAGAUCUGCAGACAACAUUAUAAAUAAUUUUGUGCUCAAGAAUGAUUCGAUUUUCUUCUUCAUCAUGCCCAACAAAUAAUGUCACUUUUACAAUAGGAUUACCGACCCUGUGGAACUGGGGUAAAAAGUCCAUAAAUCUAAGGGUCUGGAAUAGUGGUGUGCCUAUCAGCAAUACAACAUUACAAUUAUUGUAAUCAAUCAUUGGUUUAAUCGAAAUAAAUAUGGUACAUGUUGUCGGUACAUGUACAACAGAUUAUUGCUUUCCCUUGCUUUUCUGUCAGCUUGGACUAAGUUGUAUAUGUUUACAGGACUGGACAUACUCCAAGAGAAGAGAAAUGCAGGUACGGCUGAUCUCAUCAUGAGUGAUUUGUUGGUUAUUUAUUUUUUUGUAAGUAACAUUCAUUGUAAAUUUACUCUACAUCAUUGUAUAUCUAUCAUAAGAGAACAAAAAAGAGCAAGUAAUAUUGAUUGGUCACAAGCCUGUGUACAGUUACCCCCUCCUCUCAGAAAAAAUCUGGAAAGGAGCAUCUGUGAUUUGCCAUUGAUAAUAUAUAUUGUGUUCAAAGACCUCAUGACUUUUUCUGGAAUUUGCCUUAUGAAACAGCUAACAUCUCACCAUGCCACCACCGGUUUUCCCGUGAAAUGAUGUCUGAGAAAAAAGUGCAGAAAUUCCACCCUGAUGAAGCACCACUGCGCUUCUGAUUGGAUGAAACAAUCUUCAACCAAUCAGAAUUAACACUACUCAGAUCUGGGUAAUGACACGGCAGAUCAGUAUGGAAUUCCUGCACUUGUUUCUCAGAUGUCAUUUUGCAGGGAAACCAGUGAAGGCAUCGCGAAAUGUUGGCUGUUUUCUGAGGUCAUUCUGCAAUGUGUGGAAGAUGACGCGAUUUGCUGUUACCACAGAUUAUUACAUCAUUGAAAAAGCAAGUUUUCCUUGGCUUUCAUUUUUGCAGGUUUGACUUCUCUGAAGAAAAUCUGGUACAAAAAAAGCAUGGAAAUUAUUAAUUUUGGUCAGUGUGGAUCACUUCCCAUAAUGUAUGCAAAAUUAUAAACAUGAUCACAGGCAAUCCCUGUUAUCUUAUUUUUUUUCCUGGGGGGAUGGGUGGGGGCAGCUGUAUACAAACUUAUUGACCACAUGAAUGAAUCACAACCAGUAAUGGUUUAGGAAAAAAUCAUUCAAUCCAUGAGUUUAUUUUAUUAAUACUUUUUUUUAAAGGAAAUUGUACCUGGUGUUUAUCUUGGACCAUAUUCAGCAGCAAUGAAUAGCAAAGUACGAGCUGUUUACUAAAUAAUUUUUUUUUUAAAUAAAAUUUUUUAUUACCAAAGGCUUUCAACAUCUGUUGUUUGCCUGUUUGUUUGACAGGAUUGCAAAUACUGUUAUUUUUUGUUAUGAAAGAAAGAUUUCCUUGUAUUGAUAUGAUGAAAACCCUUAAAUCCUAAGAUUUUAUGUUAUUCUUUUACAGUUAGAAGUUCUAAGACAAGUUGGAAUAUCUCAUGUUGUUUGUAUAAGACAAAAUAUUGAGGCCAACUUUGUCCGUCCUAACUUCCCACAACACUUUAAGUAAGUAUAAGGAGUGUGUUAUAUAGUUUAGUUGUUGAAAUGUUGACGUAAUAAUUUUUCAAAGUUGCAGGUCCAAGUUUACAGAAAUUAUAAAAAUAAAUCAAUUAAAUUUGCAAGCAGAAAUAUUGAUAAUGUCAAGUAAAAAAAAUUGUGAAAUAACACUUUGAUAUGUUGAUUUUCAUCUCCCUAUUAACCUAAAUUCUGUUUUCCAGUCCCUCAAACUGAAACUCAGUAUCUUAAUAAUAACAAGUAUAGCUGGAUUCAUUGAGCAGGCUUAAAAAUUAUGUUUCAUGUGUAGAGCCAUUUACUGGACAGUAUUUUAGAUUUUGUUGAAAUUGAAGAGUACUUUUUCUUGUUUAAAAUAUCAACAACUAACAAGCAAUUUUGUACAAACUUAUGAAUGUCAGGUUUGAGAAACGCAUUGUCCGUUUUAUGCAAGAUUGAUCUGUAGGCAUAAUACAUAACAGUUGGUCCGUGGGUAUAUAUAUGGAUUUUUCCAGUCCAAGACAAUUUAACACAUGGUUAUAUAGUUCUUUCUUUCUCAUUUUAAUUAGAUUUGUGAUUGAAUUUUUAACUUAAAUAUAAAUUAAUUUUUUGGGCUAUGGUACUCAGGACUGGAAGUUUAAUGUAAUGCCACCUUUAUAAUGUUUUGUUUGUUUUCCAGCUAUUUGGUAUUAGAUGUUGCUGAUUCACCAACAGAAAACAUAAUCAUUCAUUUUCCAAAGGUAACUGGAGACAGUGUCCUUUUCUAGAAGAUAUCUUCAUAGCCUUGGAGAGUUUUUACUUUUGGUGUUUAUAGCCUCUCCUCCCUCAGAACAUUUUAGUUUAGCUUUGUUUUGUACAAAACCUUUAACAGCUGUGGCCUUUGAGAAUUCUAAUCAUUGCCCCCGGUGAGGGAGAGGGUGGGUAGAUCCUGCAGCAAACAAUCCCUUUCCUGUCCCAGUCCCUCAUUAUGAGCUGUUUUUCUUCAUUCUGCUCACAGGUAAAAGCCUUCAUUGACAGCUGCUUGAACAGUGGUGGUAAGUUAUAAUUAUUAACAUAGAAGUAACCAACUACAGUUGAACCUCCAUUAAGCGGCAAUUAACCCUCAGGGUACCAACAAGUGACCACUUAAUGGAAGUUGGCCACUUAAUAGAGGUUCAUGAUAAAUUGGCAUAUAAUCUUUAGCAGAAUCAUCACUUUAUUUUGAAACAACGCAACGGUAGAAACAUUACUGGUCUACAACCGAUCAUCACCUUCUAUCUCAGAAUGUAUUUUCCUUCAUCACAUUUCUUAAAAUGAAGCCAAACUUUUUUAGCUUAGUGUAUCAAGUGCUUGAUGGCCACUUAAUAGAGGUGACAAGAAUGGGAGAACUCUUGUUGGGACUGCCAAAAGGUGGUCGCAGUCACUAAAUAGGCUACUUAAUAGAGGGUUUAUUUCCCAUUCUUUUCUACAAUAACAAUUAUUUCGGGACUUUGAUUACUGGCUGCUUAAUAGAGGAUGGCCAGUUAAUAGGUGGCUGCUUAAUGGAUGCUUGACUGUACAUUAUAACUUCACGCCGAUGAUACUUGAUCUAUAACUUGGCAAGGUUGAAGACAUAAUGGCUUAGCCUGCAAUGCAGGCAUAUUUUUUGUGUGGCAUUAAAGCUGCUUGUUUUAUGUUUAUGUUUAUGUAUCAAUUACCAUGUCCACCCUCUGCGUCUGCGUCCAAUAUAUUUAAUUUUUAAUCGUUUUAGGAAAGGUUCUAUUACAUGGAAAUGCUGGAAUUUCUAGAAGGUUGGUCAGGAAUCACUUGUUGUUUAGGCACCUUGUUACAUGUUAUUAAAGACAUCUGUACUGAGGCUACAGCUAUCCACCGUCACAGCCACACCACUAACAGGCCUCCUUUUGUCACAGACACUGCUACUGCUACUGUAGGACCCAGCACCACAGGCAACCCACCAUCAAGCACACUUUGCUAUCACACACUUUGUUAGUACUUACAAUCGAAUGUCCGUCUUAAGGCCCAUUCACACUAAGGCUUAAAUGUGUUUAAAGCUGUUUAGAUAAAAAGGGUUUAAAUUUGUUUAUAACUUAAAGGAGCUGCUGACUGUAAUUUUUUGUUGCAAAUUAUUUGUUUGCAAUUACAUAUUACAUAAAGUGUAUUUGAAUUCUGUGCACAAGCCUGUAUUCUAGUUUUCUGUCACUGUUUUUCAUUUUAUUAAACCCAUUUUAAUAAAACAUGUUUAGUUGGUGUGAUUGGGGCAUUGGGCCUGAAGAGGUUUUUCCCUUGGUUAAGUUAUUGACCAAGUUGCACAGUGGUUGCACAGAUGGAAAUAUCUAGUAAAUUGCUAUUUAUACACUUGAUGGUCAUACAUGAUUAUACAUAACUGUCAUAGAGUUAAAAGUUUUUUGUUUCUACUUACAUGAUUUCUAAUGAUGAAAUUGUUUUUUACUGUUCUUGAAAUUACAUUAUUUUAUGGACUAAAAAUUUCUCUUUUUUUUCAGUGCUGCUUUAAUGAUUGCCUUUAUUAUGGAAACUUAUGGUUUAACAUAUAGGUUAGCUAUUUGUUUGUUUUUAUAAAUAAGUUUAAAAUACUUCCAAAGAAUUCUUUCACGGGUACAUGCCUUUUGGAUUUGCAUAGUCAGAACAGUGCAUGCAUGUUUUUGGUAAAGAAGUGGAACUUGAACUAGUAGUCUCUUCACAGCUUGUCUGUUUUUCUCAGAAUGCAGAAAAUUAAUAGUGAAUGAAAUGAGUGUGAGGAGGUAGCAAGCAAAUGUUGCCAUGUUGUUGAAUAAAAAAACAAGAAAAUUGAUGACUGAACAGUCAGUGAAAAAGACAAAUAGGCGACAGUUGCAUGAAACCUCUACUUACCUAGGCUAAGGGACAUUCCAUGUGUUUAACUUAACCAUUUCUAUUUUAGGGAAGCAUUUCAUUAUGUGCAACAGAGAAGAUUUUGCAUUAAUCCUAAUGAGGGCUUUGUUCAACAGCUUAUGGUAAGAGUUCACAAACAACCUGCUUUAGGUCACACUCAUAAAAUCACCACCUCUCAUCCCUCCUUGCCGGACAGUAGGGCACUAAAGGCAUUCCUAGCGUGAUGAAUAAUGAAAGCUUGCCUGCCGUAUUCACAGGGUAGCUAUCAACAUCAGUGAUUUAUCUCUUCUAGGAACACUGAACAAAUAAGAAAAAAUGAAAAUUUUGUCAGAGUUCUCAUCUUAUAGCAUGUUUAUUAUUGUCUACAGGAGUACGAGCCAAUUUAUUUAGCAAAUUAUCAGGCGAGGACAUCAGGAGAGAGACUACAUCAAGGUAGAAGAAUUUAUGGUUAUCUUGAAAAUUUUGCUCUGAAAGAGAUCCACCACUAAACUGAAAAAAAAAGCUUGUGUCUUGUACUGUUGAACCCAGGGCUAUCAGUACGGACACCUCUCUCUUACUGACUUUGGCAGCUUAGCGGCUCAAGUUUGUAAAAAACCACUUAGACUACGAGUAGUCCCCCAAUUUUCCUUUUCUUGCGUGGGGUGAUUUUAACGCGUGCUCGCGUUUCGCUCGCUCUACUAUCCCUGAGGAAAAAUGGGGGACUACUCGUAGUCUAAAAACCACUGGACAUCGGGGAGAAUAGGGCUAAAAUUUUCACGAAAACUUAACAACGGAAGCAUUUAGGAAAAAAAAAAUGCAGAAAUUCAGUUUGCAAAUUACUGUCAAAGAAUUGGUACAAUGCACUAGUAAUGUCGAAGAGGUUUCUUUGAAAUGGUCACAUCACAAAAUUUCGUUCAUGCAGUCUCAAGAAAUUGUACAAUGCACGAGUAAUGUCGAAGAGGUUGCACUGAAAUGGUCGCACCACGAAAUUUCAUUCAUACAGUCUCAAAAAGGUAAGGAUGAAAGUUAACAACUGUGUUUUUAUACUUGGCUUUGGGAGUGAAGCGGUUGAAGUUACAUAUCAAGAUCAUUUGUUUAUUUUGAAAAUAUUUGUUUCGUUCGCAGGUGGAGUGAAGCGAGCUCAUGAGGACGAAUCAAAAGACGAAUUAAUGGACACCUGACUAAUUGUUUGCCGCUUAGAUUCUUUAUUUAAUUGAACCAGGUAA